AUGCAUUGCUCAAACGGGUCGAUAAUCUGGUUGAAGAAAAAGAUAAUAUGGCCACUGAACGAGAUCUUUUUGCUGUACAGUUGGCUCGCGUUGGUUCCCAGGCUGCACGAGCCGCCAACGAGCCUCGUAAGACCCUACUUUGAAGAUUGGACCCUGGCUAUGCACCAGAAACUGGACACCAAUGCUGGCCACUAUAGCACCACGAUCCUUCGCAAGGCGUAUGUCACGAGUCGCUGUGAAGGGGAUGCACAACAUCACUUGGCUCCCCGUCUCCGCCCAGAGUCCCAUAGACAUGCUGACUCACCCCUGAAGAACAUCUUUUCCGACCCGAACAAAGAACGCAAUGCCCGCCGGCAGUACAAUAACUUGAAGAUAGCUCCUGAAGAUAAGUUUUACACGUUCAUCUCAAACUUCCGUUAUCUUGCAGUGGAGGCUGGUAUUGAUCCAGACUGCUGGAGGGAAGACCUGUACCAGAGAUUGCCGUUCAAGCUCCAGGAACUUACAAUAUCUCGUUUCAAUGACAACGAAGUUGACUUUGACCAGUAUGUUGAGGAAUGUGCCCGUUCAGCUGACCUAAUCGACGAGAUCCUGAAGCGUUGCAACUGCACAGGACAGACUCCCUCUUCUGGCCGUCGACAGAGCCUAAAUGCCCCUACAACAGCGAAUCGCACUUCUCCAGCGAUCAAGACUGAAGAAGCGCCUUCAGCGACCAGUGAAACAAAUAUGGACACUGAAACCCGCAAUCGUCUGAUGAAUGAAGGCAAAUGUUUCCGCUGCCAAAGGCCGCGCAUCUCAGCCGUGAUUGUCCUGACAAGAAAUCCGUACAAAUAA